AACAGACAGAUCGCAUAUCAAAAGAAGGGUAUUGGUGCAAGGAGCGAGACUAGAUCCGCCGCUGCCGAUGGCAGCGUGAAAGUACGUCGUUUCCAAGGACGAUCUUUGGAUGCAUGGGUGCGGAAGCAAAAUGAGAGCCUUUCAGCGAUCAGCGAUGACGAAGCGGAUCGACCAAGUCGAGCUUCUCGACAAAAUACACUCAGCAGGAGAGAAUCUCUCGAUAGUGCAGCUACUCUUGACUUACGAGCCGGAGGUGGAUGCCAAAGAUGAAAGUGGAUGGACACCAUUGAUGAUCGCAGGUGAAUCUCCCGAGUUGUGUCCCAGCUUUUCCCGCCCGAAGGUUCACGAAGCUAAUCUCGACUCGCUCUUUGAUGCAGUAUCGGCCGGACAACCUGAUGUGGUACAUACGCUGGUCGAAGCUGGAGCCAAGGUAGACGAGGAGAAUGCGAAGGGUCAGACACCGUUAUUCUAUGCGGCUAGCAAAAACCACCUUUCGAUCGGUCGGUAUCUGAUCAAUAAGGGAGCCGAUAUCAACCACAAGGAUAGGGCUUCACAAGUACCGUUACACCGGGCUGCUACCACUGGCUCUGUCUCGCUACUACAGCUUCUGCUGAAUCCGCCCGAAGGGCGACCCAAGACUCGAUUGAACGGUAUGGACCGAGCAGGAAAUACUGCUCUACAUCUCGCCAUGGAGUCUGGUCACGGGGAAGCUGCCAUCACGUUGAUCGAAGCCGGAGCAGAUAGGGAAAGGACGAACUCUGAUGGUCAGACACCCGAAGAGAUCGAAGGGGUUGGAGAGCGCGAGCAGAAAAAGGUUCGCGACUAUGUAGUCAGUAGAGUAGGGCCCAGGAUUGAGUAGUGCACAAGCUUGUGAUUGCUACCCCCGAUGGUAUCAUGUGGGAUCCUUUACGAGUACAGGAGCGACCCAGCCAAAGAGCUUGUGAUACAGCGCUGUUGUUUCGGGUCAAGCCAAACUCUAACAAGGACUCGAAUGUGUCGGUUAAAUACGGGACCUUCUUACGAAUAGUACCGGGAUCCGCGAAGACGCCACAGGCCGUAGGACUUGCGUGCAGCCUUUGAUGUAACUCCCAGAGAAACUCUAUCAAGGCGAUAUCCGAAGGUAGACGAUCCGAAGGUUUGGGCGCUAAAAUUCCUCGCGAG